ACUAUUUCUCUGCAUCGGAUUUUAGUUUUUGUGUUUUUGUUUUGUUUUAUUCUGUUUAAUCACUUCAAGUAUCUCAUCCAUUAUUUGAAGCGGGCUCGGAGGAAACGUGCCGCAUCCUCCAGUCCUUGUGCGUCUGUUUAGGUCUCUCCGAAGCAGGUCCCUCUCGACUCUUAGAUCUGGGUCUCCAGCACGCAUGAAGGGGUAAGGGUGGGGGGGGGUCCCCUAUUCCGGCGCGCGGCGCUGAGCACUGAAUCUUCCAGGCGGAGGCUCAGUGGGAGCGCCGAGAACUCGCCAGUACCGCGCGCUGCCUGCUGCCUCCCAGCCCAGGACUUGGGAAAGGAGGGAGGGGACAAGCGGAGGGAAAGUGGGGCCGGGCGGGGGGUGCCUGGGAAGCCAGGCUGCGCUGACGUCACUGGGCGCGCAAUUCGGGCUGGAGCGCUUUAAAAAACGAGCGUGCAAGCAGAGAUGCUGCUCCACACCGCUCAGGCCGCGAGCAGCAGCAAGGCGCACCGCCACUGUCGCCGCUGCAGCCAGGGCUGCUCCGAAGGCCGGCGUGGCGGCAACCGGCACCUCAGUCCCCGCCGCGCUUCUCCUCGUCGCCCACGCCGUGGGGGCAGGAACGCGGCGUCUGGCGCUGCAGACGCCCGCUGAGUUGCAGAAGCCCACGGAGCGGCGCCCGGCGCGCCACGGCCCGUAGCAGUCCGGUGCUGCUCUCCGCCCGCGUCCGGCUCGUGGCCCCCUACUUCGGGCACCAUGGACACCUCCCGGCUCGGUGUGCUCCUGUCCUUGCCUGUGCUGCUGCAGCUGGCGACCGGGGGCAGCUCGCCCAGGUCUGGUGUGUUGCUGAGGGGCUGCCCCACACACUGUCAUUGCGAGCCCGACGGCAGGAUGUUGCUCAGGGUGGACUGCUCCGACCUGGGGCUCUCGGAGCUGCCUUCCAACCUCAGCGUCUUCACCUCCUACCUAGACCUCAGUAUGAACAACAUCAGUCAGCUGCUCCCGAAUCCCCUGCCCAGUCUCCGCUUCCUGGAGGAGUUACGUCUUGCGGGAAACGCUCUGACAUACAUUCCCAAGGGAGCAUUCACUGGCCUUUACAGUCUUAAAGUUCUUAUGCUGCAGAAUAAUCAGCUAAGACAGGUACCCACAGAAGCUCUGCAGAAUUUGCGAAGCCUUCAAUCCCUGCGUCUGGAUGCUAACCACAUCAGCUAUGUGCCCCCAGGCUGUUUCAGUGGCCUGCAUUCCCUGAGGCACCUGUGGCUGGAUGACAAUGCGUUAACAGAAAUCCCCGUCCAGGCUUUUAGAAGUUUAUCGGCAUUGCAAGCCAUGACCUUGGCCCUGAACAAAAUACACCACAUACCAGACUAUGCCUUUGGAAACCUCUCCAGCUUGGUAGUUCUACAUCUCCAUAACAAUAGAAUCCACUCCCUGGGAAAGAAAUGCUUUGAUGGGCUCCACAGCCUAGAGACUUUAGAUUUAAAUUACAAUAACCUUGAUGAAUUCCCCACUGCAAUUAGGACACUCUCCAACCUUAAAGAACUAGGAUUUCAUAGCAACAAUAUCAGGUCGAUACCUGAGAAAGCAUUUGUAGGCAACCCUUCUCUUAUUACAAUACAUUUCUAUGACAAUCCCAUCCAGUUUGUUGGGAGAUCUGCUUUUCAACAUUUACCUGAACUAAGAACACUGACUCUGAAUGGUGCCUCACAAAUAACUGAAUUUCCUGAUUUAACUGGAACUGCAAACCUGGAGAGUCUGACUUUAACUGGAGCACAGAUCUCAUCUCUUCCUCAAACCGUCUGCAAUCAGUUACCUAAUCUCCAAGUGCUAGAUCUGUCUUACAACCUAUUAGAAGAUUUACCCAGUUUUUCAGUCUGCCAAAAGCUUCAGAAAAUUGACCUAAGACAUAAUGAAAUCUACGAAAUUAAAGUUGACACUUUCCAGCAGUUGCUUAGCCUCCGAUCGCUGAAUUUGGCUUGGAACAAAAUUGCUAUUAUUCACCCCAAUGCAUUUUCCACUUUGCCAUCUCUAAUAAAGCUGGACCUAUCGUCCAACCUCCUGUCGUCUUUUCCUGUAACUGGGUUACAUGGUUUAACUCACUUAAAAUUAACAGGAAAUCAUGCCUUACAGAGCUUGAUAUCAUCUGAAAACUUUCCAGAACUCAAGGUUAUAGAAAUGCCUUAUGCUUACCAGUGCUGUGCAUUUGGAGUGUGUGAGAAUGCCUAUAAGAUUUCUAAUCAAUGGAAUAAAGGUGACAACAGCAGUAUGGAUGACCUUCAUAAGAAAGAUGCUGGAAUGUUUCAGGUUCAAGAUGAACGUGAUCUUGAAGAUUUCCUGCUUGACUUUGAGGAAGACCUGAAAGCCCUUCAUUCAGUGCAGUGUUCACCUUCCCCAGGCCCCUUCAAACCCUGUGAACACCUGCUUGAUGGCUGGCUGAUCAGAAUUGGAGUAUGGACCACAGCAGUUCUGGCACUUACUUGUAAUGCUUUGGUGACUUCAACAGUUUUCAGAUCCCCUCUGUACAUUUCCCCCAUUAAACUGUUAAUUGGGGUCAUCGCAGCAGUGAACAUGCUCACGGGAGUCUCCAGUGCUGUGCUGGCUGGUGUGGAUGCAUUCACUUUUGGCAGCUUUGCACGACAUGGUGCCUGGUGGGAGAAUGGGGUUGGUUGCCAAGUCAUUGGUUUUUUGUCCAUUUUUGCUUCGGAAUCAUCUGUUUUCCUGCUUACUCUGGCAGCCCUGGAGCGUGGGUUCUCUGUGAAAUAUUCUGCAAAAUUUGAAACGAAAGCUCCCUUUUCUAGCCUGAAAGUAAUCAUUUUGCUCUGUGCCCUGCUGGCCUUGACCAUGGCCGCAGUUCCCCUGCUGGGUGGCAGCAAGUAUGGCGCCUCCCCUCUCUGCCUGCCUUUGCCUUUUGGGGAGCCCAGCACCAUGGGCUACAUGGUCGCUCUCAUCUUGCUCAAUUCCCUUUGCUUCCUCAUGAUGACCAUUGCCUACACCAAGCUCUACUGCAAUUUGGACAAGGGAGACCUGGAGAAUAUUUGGGACUGCUCUAUGGUGAAACACAUUGCCCUGUUGCUCUUCACCAACUGCAUCCUAUACUGCCCUGUGGCUUUCUUGUCCUUCUCCUCUUUAAUAAACCUUACAUUUAUCAGUCCUGAAGUAAUUAAGUUUAUCCUUCUGGUGGUAGUCCCACUUCCUGCAUGUCUCAAUCCCCUUCUCUACAUCCUGUUCAAUCCUCACUUUAAGGAGGAUCUGGUGAGCCUGGGAAAGCAAACCUACUUCUGGACAAGAUCAAAACACCCAAGCUUGAUGUCAAUUAACUCUGAUGAUGUUGAAAAACAGUCCUGUGACUCAACUCAAGCCUUGGUAACCUUUACCAGCUCCAGCAUCACUUAUGACCUGCCUCCCAGUUCCGUGCCAUCACCAGCUUAUCCAGUGACUGAGAGCUGCCAUCUUUCCUCUGUGGCAUUUGUCCCAUGUCUCUAAUUAAUAUGUGAAGGAAAAUGUUUUCAAAGGUUGAGAACCUGAAAAUGUGAGAUUGAGUAUAUCAGAGCAGUAACUAAUAAGAAGAGCUGAGGUGAAACUCGGUUUAAAAACCAAAAAAGAAUCUCUCAGUUAGUAAGAAAAGGCUGAAAACCUAUUGAUACUUGAGAGUGAAUAUAAGUCUAAAUGCUGCUUUGUAUAAUUUGUUCAGCUAAGGCAUAGAUCGAUCACAUUAUUUAAGUGAGCCCAGAUCAAAAAAGCAGAUUGAAAUUUUCUUUAGAAAAGAUUCUCCAUGAUUUGAAUUGCAUUGUCUUUAAACUCACCAAUGUAAUCAUUUUGGGAGGAGGGAGAACCCACUUGCUUUCCAAAUGGGUUUAUUUAAACCCACAAACUGAAGAGGUUGUUGGGGGAAUUAGGAAAAUAAGGGUUUUCAAUGACCUACAUUGCUAGGUAGAGGCUGUGAUCCAUGGGAUUUCAUUCUAAUGACCAUGUGAAGAUGUUUGAGUCCUCCUUUGCCUUUCCUCAGAAAGGAUCCUUCUAAGGCACAAAUCCCUUAGAUGGAUAAUGUAAGGUAUUGUUAACUCACUCAUAUUGAGAUUAUUUUUAGAGAUACCAGGUUUUAUAUAUCAGCACUAGAUGGUUCCACCCUCAUGGGAUAAAACUGCUUACAAGUAUUUUGAAAGAAAAAUUGACCAAAAUUCUUAAAUUGUUACUAAGGCAAUCAUACACAGGUGACGUAUGUCUUACCUGAUUUGUUUUUAACUCCUUGGUGCCCAAAGCUCAGAAGGGAAUUCCACUGCCAGCAAUGAACAUACCUGGAAAAGAUAGUAAGCAAUCUGGGAUUUUUUUUUUCUGGGUUAGUAAACAAUUUUUGCAAUAAGUUUUAUCAGUUGAUUCAAACUGAUGUGCAUCUUAAUGAUCAAAUGUGCACAUGACAUAAAUUAAGUCCACUGAUACAACUUCUUACACAUGUAUCGCUAGUAGCUCUGGCAAACCCAAUAUCUGACACCACUUUGGACUCAAGAGACUCAGUAACAUAUUAUCCUGUUUAUUUAGCUUGGUUUUAGCUGUGUUCUCUCUGGAUAACCCACUUGAUGUUAGGAACAUUACUUCUCUGCUUAUUCCAUAUUAAUACUGUGCUAGGUAUUUUAAGAAGCAAGUUAUUAAAUAAGAAAAGUCAAAGUAUUAAUUCUUACCUUCUAUUAUCCUAUAUUAGCUUCAAUACAUCCAAACCAAAUGGCUGUUAGGUAGAUUUAUUUUUAUAUAAGCAUGUUUAUUUUGAUGAGAUGUUUUAACUUGGAUUUGAAAAAAUACAUUUAUGAGAUGUUUUAUAAGAUGUGUAAAUAUAGAACUGUAUUUAUUACUAUAGUAAAGGUUCAGUAACAUUAAGGACCAUGAUAAUGAUAAUAAACCUUGUACAGUGGCAUAUUCUUUGAUUUAUAUUGUGUUUCUUUGCCCAUUUUCUUUAAAUUCAUUAACUGUAUAUAUGUAAAUAUAUAGUACUUGUAAAUAGAUUCCAAAUUUGCUUUUCUAUUGGGUAAAAAAUAAAUUUGUAAUAAAAUGUGUGACUAUAAAACAAAA